AUGGCACCAUCAGCCUUACCAAAUCUCGACAAUACCUCUUUCGACUCCUCAAAUUGUCCCAAAAUUCUCAUUCCAGAAAAAGUAUCAGUCGAUGGUCUUGCUCUCUUGGGCAAUACAUUCGAAAUCCAUCAACCUAAAAACCUAUCACCUACAGAUCUUCUCGAAAUAAUUCCUCACUACUCCGCUCUCAUCAUUCGCUCAGAGACAAAAGUUACAGCGAAAAUUCUCGCUGCUGCGAAAAAUCUCAAAGUGGUAGCGAGAGCAGGAGUUGGUGUGGAUAAUAUUGAUGUCGAAGCCGCGACGAAACAUGGAAUUAUCGUGGUUAAUUCUCCGAGUGGAAAUAUUGCUGCCGCGGCAGAACAUACCAUUGCGCUUUUAAUGGCCGUAGCGAGGAAUGUACCGGCUGGGGAUCGGUCGUUGAGGAAUGGAGGGUGGGAGAGAGGAAAACUUGUAGGGACGGAAGUAGGUGGGAAGAUCUUGGGGGUUGUGGGACUAGGGAAGGUGGGAUUGAAAGUUGCGAGGAUGGCAGUGGGAUUGGGAAUGAAAGUUUGGGCAUUGGAUCCAUAUGCGAGUCCACAGAUUGCGGAGGCAAAUGAUGUGCUUCUUGUGAAGGAAUUGGGAGAGCUACUACCCAUUGUGGAUUUUCUGACGAUUCAUACCCCGCUUAUUGCUAGUACGUUGGAUUUAAUCGGGAAAGAGGAAUUGGGGAAAAUGAAGACAACGGCAAAGGUACUUAAUGUAGCAAGAGGAGGUGUCUACAAUGAACAAGCUCUCCUUGAUGCUCUCGAAGCGGGUAUCAUCGCAGGAGCCGGUCUCGACGUCUUCACAUCCGAACCUCCAACUCCUUCAUCCCCAGCUCAGAAACUCACUCAACAUCCCAAAGUCGUUGCAACUCCUCAUCUUGGUGCCUCGACGAUCGAAGCGCAAGAAUCGGUUUCGGUAGAUGUGUGCACACAAGUUCGUGCUAUUCUCUCUGGAGGUCUUCCUACUUCUGCUGUCAAUGCCCCUCUGAUUCUUCCAGAAGAAUACAAAAAACUUCAACCAUUUGUCAAAUUGAUGGAGAAGAUGGGUGGAUUAUACACCCAGCAUUAUCGUGGAAAGGGGGUGGGAGGAAAAAAAUUCGAAGUAAUAUAUGAAGGAGAACUUGCGGGGAUCGCUAACACGCGACCACUUUUUGCGGCCUUGGUAAAAGGAUUGGUGGGGAGUAUUAGUGAACGCGGUGGAAGAGAUGUGAAUAUUGUGAAUGCGAGUUUGAUAGCGAAGGAGAGGGGGAUUGUGAUUAGUGAGACGAGGAUUAGUGAGAGUAGGUAUUUGGUUUAUGCGAGUUUGGUGACGGUGAAAGUUGAGGGGGGUGCGGGAAAUGCAACUGGAAAUGGUAAUCAGAUUAUUAGUGGCUAUGUAAGUGAUCGGGGAAUUUUCAUAAGUAGACUUGAUCGUUUUAACACGAGUUUUUCGCCCGAGGGAACGCUGUGUUUGUUGAGGAAUAAUGAUGAACCAGGGAAAAUAGGAGUUGUGGGGGGGAUACUGGGGAGAGCGGGGAUUAAUGUCAGGUUUAUGAGUGUGGCGGCUUUGGAUAAGAAAGUGGGGGGGAGUGGAAAUGAGGAUGGGGAGGGGGGAAUAAAGGAGGAAAUUAAGAAUGAGGCGUUGAUGAUUUUGGGAAUUGAUGGGGUGGUGGGGAAGGAGGUGGAAGAGGAGUUGAGAGGGGAAGAGGGGAUUUUCGAUGUAGGGAUUGUUUGUUUGUAG